AUUUCAUAAAUAAAUAAAUAAAUAAGAAAAUGCAAAAAAAUUAUGAACCGGCGGUUUCGGCAAAAAACCGGUGAUUUUGAACCGCCCCAUGAACCGGCAGUUUUUUGAACCGAAACCCUUGGCGGGCCGGUUCCAGUUCAUGAAAAUGUUGAACCGUGUGCAUGCCCUAAACCCACUUAAUCCCAAUUCCACUCAUUAAUCUCCUUGAGUAGCUGUAUACCUAUAAAUAGAAGGUCGCUAGCUAGCAUCAUUAAACAUAAAGUGAUUAAGCAAUUGACAUUGAUCAAUUAACAAUGAGUGCCGAGCUGGAGAUCCCGGACGACGACAUGCCGAGGAUGAUCGGGUUCCUCUCCUCCGUCCUCGAAAGAGUAGCGGAAUCCAACGACGGACUGAGGUGGUCGGAGGCUCAAAAGACGUCCAUCUUCCACGGACUAACGCGGCCAGCCAUCUCUAUCCGGUGCUACAUGGAGAGAAUCUUCAAGUACGCCAAGUGCAGCCCCUCGUGCUUCGUGGUGGCCUACAUUUACUUGGAUCGCUUCGUGCACAAGCAGCCCGCGCUGCCCCUCAAUUCCUUCAACGUCCAUCGCCUCCUCAUCGCCAGUGUCUUGGUUUCUGCCAAGUUCAUGGACGACAUAUUUUACAAUAAUGCAUACUAUGCUAAAGUGGGAGGAAUAAGCAGGACAGAGAUGAACCUGCUUGAAGUAGACUUCUUGUUCGGGCUGGGGUUCCAAUUGAACGUCUCGACGACGACGUAUCAUCACUACUGCUCUUAUCUCCAGAAGGAAAUGCUGCUUCACUUCCCUCCUCUUUCCACAAGUAGAAACAUCCCGUUUCACGUCGACGACCAAGGAUCAACUCAACACCAGUUAGCAGUUUAGUCGCGCGCCCGAGAGACAGAGACAGAGACAUUACAGAAUAGAAGCAAACAAAUUUUACAUGAACUGAACAAUCAAUCCUGCAAAGCUGCUCCUAUUAAGGCCUCAUUGCUAAAAUGUAUAAUUUGCCUCAACAAUGAUAUCACUUUUUUUCAUUUAUAACACAACAUAAAUGAAAACAAUGACAAAGCAAAGUCAAGUUAUUGGAGUAA